AACAGACGGUGCUAGAUAAUCCAGCAACAUCGCAGAAUGAACGAGCAAGCUCAUUAAGUAUCGUCUUGACAGCACAAGAGCUCUUCGUUUUUUGAAUGAGUUAUCUAUUGCCAUUGCCUGCGCACAUGAGGAUUGCGCUUAGGUGCUGAAAGGACAGCUCCUCGGAAUCAACAGAGCCGACGACAGGAAUGAUAAUCAGGAUGUUUAAAUUAAGACUCCUCAACGCUGUCGCCCCAGCAUACUUUUUCUCAGCCACAGCGGUAACCUUCAUUUUUCACUUCUGCUUUUUCAUCCCAACGAUUUUUCAAAGCCCGGGCAUCUCACUGAGGGCGUCAACUGUGAUUCACACGGCCGUUUUCCUAUACCUGAUGCUGAACGCUUUAGGUAACUAUGUCAUGACUAUAAAGUACCCAGCUGAGAGCGCAAAUGAGACCGUGGUUCCUGCAUGUUCGGCAGAUUGCUCGGAUAAAAUAGACGCCCACUACCUCCUAAACGGUCGCCACUUCUGCAAACUCUGUAAGAAAGUCAUACUCAGGAGGGACCACCACUGUUUUUUCACUGGAAACUGCAUUGGCAACAAAAACAUGCGAUACUUCAUCAUGUUCUGCAUCUACACGUCAUGCACUUGUUUGUACUCCUUGGUUCUUGGUGUGGCCUUUCUAACUGUGGAAUACAACAUCUCCUUUGAGAACCCAUUGACUUUCCUAACCCUUCUGCCCCUCUCCACUGGUUACCUCUUCCUAGGAGUUAUCUCAGGUCUGCAGUUUUUCCUAGUGCUGAUGCUGUAUGUGUGGCUGGGCAUCGGCCUGGUGUGUGCAGGGUUCUGCUGUCAGCAGGUGCUGCUGGUAGCGCGGGGGCAGACCUACUGCCAGAUGAAGCGAGGCCAGCUGGUGGAGAGCCGCAGCUCCUGGAAGGACAACCUGAGUGAUGUGUUUGGCUCCCGCUGGGCGGUGGGGCUCUUCCUACCAGUACAGACAGUGGAGGCCUUUUCAGGAGACGUCGCUGCCCACCACCAUAAACAUGACUGAGGUUCACCAGGGUAGAGACAGCCUGGACAUCAUUCACAUGAACUACCCCCAGUGGUUCACAUAGGGAAGAUCUCAAUUGCAUACUCUCAAAACCCAUUGGAUGAGAAAGCCAGAGGUCCCGCCCCUCUGACCUUCUCCUUCAAUGCAAUUGAGAUAUUCCCAUUGACUCAUCAUCAUCAUGCUUCUUUGUUGGGCUUGUCCAGAGGAAAAUUUGCCAAUGUACAGUACCAGCCAAAAGUUUGGACACACCUACUCAUUCCAGGGUUUUUCUUUAUUUAUUGUUUUACU